GUUGGAAGAGGAUAGACGUCAGAAAAUCUUGGUUGCUUAGAAAUCCACAGCCAUAUCAGUGAGACCUCAAUCACAAUCUCUCUCUGGAGCACAAACAGGAAGCACAGCAGCUUUUCAAGGUAGAGCGCAGACAAAAAAAUGGAAGGAAUGUUGUUUUUUAGGAUAGCCCUUUUACUGGUCCAUGGGUUUCAAGGUGUAAACAGUCUCUGGACAGUCUCCAGGGUGGCAGUGCAGAAGGGGGGCUCUAUCACUAUCCCAUGUCACUACCACAGGAUGUUUCAGACCAAUGAGAAGUACUGGUGCAAGGGCCGCAGUUGGGGUUUCUGUAAAGAGAUUGCACGCACCACCUCAAAAUCCUUGACAGAGGGGGUGUCCAUUACAGACUAUCCAUCUGAGCAGGUUUUCACCAUCACAAAAACAAAGCUUGAGGUGAAGGACGCUGAUCGCUACUGGUGUGCUCUUAUAAAGAGAGGGUUCAGCAGGAACACGCUCAGAACGUCUCUGGAGCUGCAGGUGACUGAAGGCCCUCCAGAUUUGUUUGUGAUGGAUAACAGGGUGUCUGUUGAAGAGGGAGGCAAUGUGAGCAUCCCCUGCAUGUACGGUGAUGGACUAAAGAGUGCUGAGAAGAAGUGGUGCGAGAGUGGAAAGCUCCACUCCUGUCGGUCGGCCCUGACCACAUCACCACUCGAGGCGCCAUCUGUCACAAUCGCUGAUGACGGCAACGGAGUUUUUACGGUAACUCUGAUGAAACUGGAGAGGAAGGAUACGGGCUGGUACUGGUGUUCUGCUGAUGACCUACAGGCCCCUGUGCAUAUCAACGUAACAGAAAGACUGGACACAUUUACAGUUACAACAUCUGGUGGGGUAACAUCAGAAAUCACACACACCAUCUCCUCUGCUCCACCAUCAUUCCAGCCCACCACACCUUCCCAAGCCACUUCUACUGCCUCCAAGACAACAUCUCACACUCUGUUGACUCCUACUCCACAAGUAAAGACAUCAACAACACCUUCUGCAGUAUUGACCAGCACAGUCUCAAAUACUUCAGCAAAUGGGGGGACAUCAGACACUUCUUCAGCUACCAUAACACCAACAGAUUUUGCCCCAACAUGUGCAUUUAAUAAUACGUGUUCAACUGUGCCUUCAAACACCACAGAGGAUACUGCAAUCCACAACAGGCAUCUGAUUUGGCAGUCAGUUGCGAUUGUCAUGGGCAUAGUGAUGGCAGUUGUGAUUAUUGUUGGGGCCUCUUUGAAUUGCUGGCGUCAUCACAAGCGACGUCACACCAGAAUAGAAUUGGAUGACAUGACACAUGAGCUUAAUAUAGAGGAAGAGUUGGAGGACGACGUUAGAAAUGACUGGCCUCGCUCGUGUCUUCUGUACCAUGAAGACACUGAAAGUGACGGAACACUGUAGCUGGAUACAGUCCAUCUGCCUUUUUAACAUUUUUUAUUUGAGUAUGGGAUAGUGUUUGGUCUAACUUAUUUAUCAUGGAAUGCUAUUUUGGAAAUAAAACAAUAUAU